AUGGAUAAGACACAGGAGGUUGAUCCUGCGGGAUCGCAGGUUGUGCAUCAUCUAGAUCCUGCAUUGGAUCCUGAGAAUCAGCAUCAUCAUUCUCAUCAUCAUCAUACUGCCUUUGCUGAGAAGGGACGUGAGGAUGAAGUGGUCUACACCAAGGAUACGCCAUUCGAGAAAGGCCCUGAACCAACACCUCUCGAACAGAGCAGCAAGCACUCCGACGAAGAAUCCGGCGAGAACUUCCCAGCCCAGCGCACCUGGUAUCGCCGCGCGUUAAAAGUACGGAGACAUGUGAUCCAUGCUGUGAUUUGGCUUCUGUUUACCGGGUGGUGGAUCGCUGGCCUGGUACUACACAGACAUGAUAUCGGAUGGCUCAAGCCAUUCCUAAUCUAUCUUGCCAUCACGCUGCGAAUGAUCUUCUUCUAUGUUCCCAUUACUAUAGUCACAAAGCCCAUGCACUGGGUCUGGGAGCAUACUGCUACCCCUUUCGUACGCGUGAUCCCCGAGAAGCUCAGAACACCCGCUGCCGCCGCACUAUGCAUCGGUGUGAUUAUUAUCGGCGCAUUUGCGUCUGAAGAGUCAACGGAUAACACUCGCGCAAACCGUGCAGUCAGUCUGUUCGGAAUGGUAGUCUGCAUCUUCGGCCUAUGGGCUACAUCUAGAAACCGCAAGAAGAUCAUCUGGCACACGGUCAUUGUCGGCAUGUUGGCGCAAUUCAUUAUUGCCCUAUUCGUGCUCCGCACUACUGCAGGUUACGACAUCUUCAACUUCGUUUCAGAAAUCGCCCGUGAUCUGCUUGGCUAUGCCGGUGACGGAGUCAGCUUCUUGACCAGCGCAGACUUCCUCGCCUUUAAUGACGGUUUCGCUCCAGGGAACUUCUUCCUCAUCACCGUCUGCGCCGCCAUCGUCUUCUUCGUCGCCUUCGUCCAGCUGUUGUACCACUGGAAGGUCCUGCAGUGGUUCAUUGGAAAGUUCGCCGUCUUCUUCCACUGGAGCAUGCGCGUUUCCGGUGCCGAAGCCGUCGUCGCUGCCGCAUCCCCCUUCAUCGGUCAGGGUGAAUCAGCCAUGCUGAUCCGUCCCUUCAUUGCUCACCUUACCAUGGCCGAGCUGCACCAAAUCAUGUGCUCCGGCUUCGCCACCAUCGCAGGAAGUGUCCUGAUCGCCUAUAUCAGUAUCGGUGUUAACCCACAGGCAAUGGUCAGCGCCUGUGUCAUGAGUAUUCCUGCCUCACUAGCCGUCUCAAAGAUGCGCUGGCCCGAAGAGGAAGAGACCCUCACUGCAGGCCGUGUCGUUGUUCCCGAUGAUGAGGAACACCGCGCCGCAAAUUCCCUUCACGCCUUCACCAACGGAACCUGGCUCGGUCUGAAGAUUGCCGCCAUGAUUACAUCAACCCUCCUCUGUAUCAUCGCUCUCAUCGGUCUCGUCAACGGUCUCCUCACCUGGUGGGGCCGAUACCUGAACAUCAACGACCCCCCACUGACCCUAGAGCUGAUCGUCGGAUACAUCUGCUACCCUAUUGCCUUCCUGCUCGGCGUCUCCCGUGACGGAGAUCUGCUCUUGGUGGGCAAGCUGAUUGGUACCAAGCUCGUUACCAAUGAAUUCGUCGCCUACGAUGCCCUCCAACAUAACCCCGAGUAUGCAGUCCUCUCUGACCGCUCUCGCCUCAUCGUUACAUACGCGCUUUGUGGAUUCGCCAAUAUCGGCUCCCUCGGUAACCAGAUCGGUGUCCUGUCGCAGAUCGCCCCUGGUCGGGCUAAUGAUGUGUCGCGUGUUGCUGUCAGCGCUAUGAUCACUGGAGCCAUCAGUACCUUCACGAGUGCAACAGUUGCUGGCUUGUUGAUCACCAACGAGAAGCAGUACUUCGCUGCUGCUUAA